AUGUCUGCCCCCGCCCGCGACGAGUCCGCGCCUGGCGCCGGUGGUGCUGCGCCCGCUGCCGGCAGUGAUGGUGACGGUUCUCCCGAGGUAAGUUUCCCUACCUUCCCCCACCCGAGCGCGCGACUCGACCUAACCAAUCAGCGCCGUCGUAGCAACCGCGCCCUGGGCGGUUACGCCGUCGAGGGGGACUCUGAUGACUCGGAGAAUGAGCUCUACGCCGACGAGAACGAGUACUGCGAGGAGUGCGUCGGCAGAUUGAUGAGGGGCCGCUUUGUUGGGUGCGUUCGUGGCCCUGGCGAUGCCUGUGAGGCGUGUCAUUCGUCCCGCACCUCCUGCAGAUAG